AUGUCAGUACUUUCACCAGCCACAUCUUCCCGGAAGACAGAAUUAAUAACCAAUUACAAUAAAGUGUUGGAGAGCGUUAGAAACGCAUCUAGUCUUAAUAAAGAGGAAGUGAAAUUAAUAGCUGUUUCAAAAUACAAACCUGCUGGCGAUAUUUUAGCCUUAUAUGAACACGGAGUUCGUCAUUUUGGUGAAAAUUAUGUUCAAGAGUUGUGUGCUAAGGCAGCUCAAUUACCAAAGGAUAUAUGUUGGCAUUUCAUUGGAGGUUUGCAAUCUGGUAAAUGUAAAGAUUUGGCCAAAAAUAUACCCAACUUGUUUGCUGUUGAAUCUAUUGAUAGUCUAAAGAAGUGUCAGAAGUUGGAAAAUGCUAGAAACAGCGUUCCAGAUGCAAAGCCAAUAGGUAUAUUCCUACAAAUUAAUACUAGCAAUGAGAGUCAGAAAUCGGGGUAUCUGUUACAAAACCUUGAAGAGGUUUAUGAAACUGUUGACUUCAUUAAGAAUGCGAAAUAUUUAAACUUGAUUGGUCUAAUGACUAUUGGCUCUGUAGGAGAGUCAUUGGGUGAUGGUGAUACCAACAAGGAAUUUGAACGGUUGGUAUCAUUGAAAGCGGAAUUGGAUGCUAAAUAUGGAAGUAAUUUGCGCUUGAGUAUGGGAAUGAGUAAUGACUUUGAACAGGCAAUUAAACAAGGAAGUACCCAAGUUAGAGUUGGUUCUAAAAUCUUCGGCUCUAGACCUUCUAAGGCAUAA